CCAAACUCUAUUCUUGAAUAUCUUGUCAGGAAACAGCUGGAAGUGAAGAGUAGAGUAGAUCACAUAAAAAAGUCAACCAAAAAAAAAAAACAAAGAAGAAAGAACUGUUCCUGCGGAUAUUCCAUUUGCGCAAACCAGAACCUCUUCAGAAAUGAAGCUUCACUUUCUUGUCACUACCGCAGCAGCUCUGCUCGUUGCCUUUCCACCACGCAUGAACGAGUGCCGGGCAUUGGACGGUCCCGACCGGCGAGCCUCCCCUUCCUCCUUUUCCUCCCCCUCCGUCUCCGCGCUCGAAGAAGAGGAAGACCAGAGGCGCACACGGCCGGUUUGGGCACGGCUGGGAGAGGAGUAUUUCAUCCGGGUGGGCAACGGUAAUCAUCGUGAGUCCGAGUCUGAGGCGCGCCCCGAACCGGCUUCAUCAGUGUUCAAACGCGCUCUGCAGCUCAGGCUCACGCAGCACCUGCUCCGCGAAGAGGGCGAGGUCGCCGAGGCGGCCCGCGGGCUGCGCGACGCACCAGCAGAGAGACCGCGCCGUGCCGAGGAGCCGCCCAUCUCCCUGGACCUGACCUUCCACCUGCUGCGGGAGGUGCUGGAGAUGGCGAAGGCCGAGCAGCUGGCGCAGCAGGCGCACAGCAACCGGAAAAUGAUGGAGAUUUUCGGCAAGUAGCCCAAAAUCUGACCAAGAGGAUUUUUUUUUAUUUACAUUUAGCACAAACCAUAACAUCCUGUACCACAGUGCUGCUUUUCCAUCCUAAUGUAUUUAUAUAUUGUAUUAUUUAUUUGUAGAAGGAAAUAGGAGAAUGAACAUGGACACUGGUGUCACUUUCCAUAAUUGCUGUGCAAAUGCUAAAUUGAAACUGUAGCAUAAAAACGACGGUACAUUACUAUUUACAAAAAAAAUAAAAAAUAUUUUCAGAGUACUGUACUGAGAAGUUGAUUUUAUCUGGAUAGAUAUCCAGUUUCAUUGUACCUUAUAAAAUACACUGUAAGUUUGUUAAUAAACUAAUGAGCAAACAGUAAUUUUCUGUUGUGCAAGAGAAUGUUCUUAUUUUUAUAUUUUUCAAUAAAACAUUAAAAGACAUUUUUCACUUCUUGUCUAGAUUUUUGA